AUGACUACAGAACGGAGCUGGCCGUAUGUGGAUUCUCAGUUGAGCCUGGCCACUUGUGACUCUCCCAGUAAGGAAAUGGCAUCUUCUGCCCAAAGUAAAGGCAAAUACGAAACCCUUCUGGUCACUACAGAGGACAAGAUCACAAAGAUAAUCUUUAAUCGCCCAGACAAAAAAAAUUGCUAUCAACCUUGUGGGGAAAGAAAGCAAGGAAAACAAACAGGAAUAUCAAAACAAUCAGUGGAAACCAAAAUCCAGCAGAUGUAUGGUGAAAUUAUGCGAGCACUUGAAGAAGCUGCCAAGGAUGAUUCCACAUUGACUGUAAUAACAGGACGCGGCGAUUACUACUGUAGUGGGAAUGAUCUUAAUAAUUUUGCCGAAAACUUCAGCUUGGAAAAGAGCACAGGGUCUAUGGUGGUGUUUGAGACCCCUUUUAGCCUACUUGGAAAGACUCCAGAAGGCUGCUCAACUUACACCUUUCCUAAGAUAAUGGGCCCCAUAAAGGCAAAUGAGAUGCUCCUUUUUAACAAGAGGAUCACUGCCAAUGAAACACGAACCCAAGGACUCGUGACAGAAGUUUUUGCUGACAGUACUUUUCAGCAAGAAGUUUGGACAAGGCUGAAAGCAUACGCUAAUCUUCCUAGAAAUGUUCUAACCCUCUCCAAGCAAUUAAUGAGAAGUGUGGAAAAGGAAAAACUGUGUGCAGUCAAUUCACGAGAGUGUGACCAGCUUGUGGAAAGAUGCUUUUCAGACGAGUGCAUGAAUGCCGUAACAAGCUUCUUCCAGAAGAAGUCAAAAUUAUAAUAUUGACCGUGGGGGAAAGGAUUUUUAUUGUCCCCGUGGAAUUUGCUUUUGCGUUUAUGUUCUGUAUGUAUUUUUAGUCUCUCUUACACCAGCGCUAAGUAAUGGAUGAUGUAUCGUAUGGUGUAAUGCAUGUGACAGAAUGACCUGGUGAUAGUUCUCCUCCAAGCAGCCUCAUUGCUUGGAUGGGCUGGUCCCUGGUCCCCUAGUGCCAAUCAAGAUCCUUCUGCAAUGCUGAAUCCCUGUAAGAGGCAAGUGCUAUUCCUCAUGAAUACAGCCUGUCAGUGUAUAUAUUAUGUAUUAGCUACACUGAGUUCAUGCAUGUCAGGCUUAAAAUUGAUUGCCAUACUGCAUCAGCUCCUUGCUGGCUUGUUUCUUGGCUGCUUUACGAUCAGAAUAUUUCUGUUUCUGGGUAUGCUAAAUGUACAUAUGUGUACAGAGGCAUACCCAGGGUCCCUUGUG